AAUACCACCAAAAAAUAACUGCAGUUCUAUUCGAAUCGCCAUGUCGCAAGCUGUUAGGCCACUGAGUCCGAAAUUGCAAAAAAUUGCAAUUGAGGAGCUAAACGAAGACCCCCUAAAAAUACCUGGAUUUUUAUACGACUUUAAAAAUUGGAUUAAAGAACAGAAAUAUCUUCAUGUCCGACACGAUGAUGAUCAGUUUCUGAUACAAUUUCUAAGAGCUAGCCGCUAUGAUCUGCAAGAAGCUGAAAAGAAGUUGGAUUAUUUCCAUGCAUUUCGUACCCGGUAUCCGGAGUUUUUCGAGACCAAUGUUGAUAGUCCCAAAGUUAGGGCCACACAUGAGUUGGGUGUCACGGUACCCUUGCCCACACCCCUAAAUGAUUGCGGCAGCCGCAUUGUGGUCUAUCGUUACACCUAUGAUCCAAAUAGAUGGCGCAUGGAAGAUUUGGCCCCCGUGUGCACUGCCAUGCAUGAACUGAUGAUCCUCAACGAUCCAUAUGCCUGCAUUUGUGGUCUCACCUAUAUUUUGGAUAUGUCACAGGCCAACAUGCAACACAUCCUGCAGUAUACUCCGUCUAUGGUGAAAAAAAUUGCGCUGUUCUAUGAAAAAUGGAUGCCGCUCAAUAUGAAGGGAUUCUACUUUAUAAAUGUCCAUCCGGGGGUGGAACUAGUUGCCACGCUAUUUAUGAAUGCCCUGUCCAAGGAAUUGCAAGAAAAGGUUUUUAUUUGCGGUAAGGAUCUCAGCAAAAUCGCCGAUCGAAUACCUUUGAAAUAUCUGCCAAAGGAAUAUGGAGGAGAAAAUGGCUCCUUGACUUCGAUUGUUCAGGAUUAUCACAACAUAUGGAAUGAGAACCGUGAAUAUUUUAGGGAGAAUCGUAAAUAUGGUACCGAUGAAGCUUUGAGACCUGGUGGGAAAUUACUGGAUUUCGAUGGCCAACUGAAGGAGGAGUUUUCACUGAAGGAUACUCAAUUUGAUUAGCAAAACCACUGGGUUUUUGAUGAAUUAAUAAAUGACUUAAUAUAAUAAUGACUUAAAA